AUGAACGAACAAACAAUUAACGUUAAGUUGGUAGAAGAAGUAGAGAAACGUCCCGUUCUGUACAACUUUACCCUUUCUGGCUAUUCUAGGAAAGAUGAGACGGAAAUGGCAUGGGACGAAGUCGGAAAAACAGUGAAUAUGACAGGUAGGUAACAAUUUUAAUUCAAUAGAACUGUUUGUUUACGACAAACUUGUAUGCAUUAUUUGUUAAAAAUCGAUGGUGAAUAAAUCGAAUACGCGCCCAUAUAAUGUGUUACGCGUUGUAUUAUUUAUAAACAUUAAUUUGGUAUCGAAAAACGCUAAAAUAGCGGUUCUUUAUGAUAUUAUUGUUAGAUAUUUAUUUUGUAUCCGUAGCCGACAAGUACCGUUAGUUUUCGUCUAUUUUUAGCUAAAUUGCAUGUUUUUUUUUUUUCCCCCGGGACGGAACAUCGGCACCAAUACCGUUAGAUACUAUAGCUAAAUCUAUACAAUGCAUUAGAGGUGCACGUGUCGAACAUAAUAAUUUAUUUUCGUAAUUUUCUUGUACGCAGAUUAUUUUCAUUCAUAACUAUUUAUUAAGAUAAUGGUUAUCGUGUAAACAGUAAAAAAAAAAAAAAACCCAUCAAUUAUAAGUGAGUAAGUUGCGUUCCAAAAUCCUUUUGAGGGUAAGGUCUCAUUAAAUAUCCUGACAACGGAAAUGCUUCAUCGGCAACGAAAUAAUAUGGAAACGGGCCGCAGUUUUCAUCGUGUGUCAAUGGCGACGGAGGGGGAAUACAUCAAGCGCUUCAGCGCUUCGGAUCCAAUACUUCACUGCUGAGGCCCUAAAUAUGCACCAUCAAUACUUCUUCCGGCAUAACCAGUUUCGAUCUUAAGCGACUAAACCGGCGGUGUCACGGCAAGCCAUUAACGCUGUCGAACGAUGCGAUUUGUAAAAUUGGAAAAACCGCUAUUCGCAUACUUCUCAGUCCCUGGCGUGUGUUCGCCAUCGAUUGCCCCGACACGGUCUGGAAGAUUUCAGAGCGUUUCGAAACGCACUGCUGUUGCUCUCCACUGCUGUCUUUAUUCGGUACCUGUGUACGGUACGUGUCCUUCAACAGUGGACUACUCGAGCGAAAUAAAUUGCAAGUGUCGCAAAUUUUCCACCAGUACCCAAGUAUCUAUAGCAUGCGUUUAAUUUGAACGAUUCAAUUGAUUUUUAUUUAGAAUUUUUACAUUUAAGUUAUUUUUUAUUUUUUCGAUUUACGACUAAAAUUUAAAUUACAACACUCGAUAAUCUAAUUAGGUGUAUACUGCGCAUUUUUGAAAAUCGAUUGGAAUAAUACUCGAAUUUUUUUUUUUUUACAGCGGCUGAAUGCAGAGAGAGAUGGAAAAACAUUCGUGCCGUGUUUGUGCGACACAUGAAACCUGCCGUAAGUGGCACAGGAACGAAAACAAAAAAGCCAUAUUACUUAAUGGAAUCUAUGCGGUUUACCGUACCGUAUAUAAAAGCAUUAGGUACACUUUCGGGAAAUCUGUCGAACCCACCAGAAAGAAAAGGUGGUCUAGAGAAAUCUAGAGAAUUUAAUUUGACGGCCACCGAAGAAGAUUCAGUACCAUUAUCGCUAAUUCAACAACUACCGGCGGUCCUGUCUCCGCCAAACCCAACUACACCAGCACCAUCACCCACGCCAUUAAACACAACUUUAAAUACUGAUAUGUUUCAAAACAAGAAGAACACUACUACUCACAGUCAGUGUGAGUCUUCACCAUCAAUUCAGACAAAUAAAAAACGUGGAUUUAAGAACCCAGUUGAUAAAGCAUUCCUGGAAUAUUUCGAAGCCAAAAGAGCCAGGACACUGAGUUCAUUAGAUCACAUUAACCCGGAUCCAAAAACAGAAGGUUUAAAAAUGUUUCUAUUUAGCAUGCUACCGGAUCUUCUCAAAAUGUCAGAUGAAGAAGUACGACUUUUCAAGCGCAAAGCCCUGCAGACUAUUGAUGACAUUUUAUCGCAUAGUUUGGAGUGCGCACCUUCAAAUGCAUUUUCAUCCCCAUUGUCGACGCCUUCAGCGCAUUCUGUGCUUUUAAUACCUCAGGAUGCAAAUGUGAAUAAUACUUCGCCAUUUAACAAACUCGAAACGAAAAAUAAUCAAAGCGCAGCAAAUUUCUAA